GUGCGAAGGAAGCUCUGUACAACUUUUGGAGGAAUCAGGGUUAGCAAAACCUCGGCGGGUCACUGCUGUUGAGAGGGCGGUGACUGUCGCGGUCAGCCAGCCGUAAGCUAGACUAGACGUCUCUAUGGUCAAGUAAACAUAGAGCGGUUCCUCUCUUUCCCACGUGGUGGGGCUGCGCAUGAGCGGGAGCCGUGGCAGCGGGAAGAUGGCGGAGGAAGAGCAAAGAAAAAAGAUCCCUUUGGUUCCAGAAAAUCUCCUGAAAAAGAGGAAGGCUUAUCAGGCCCUCAAAGCCACCCAGGCAAAGCAGGCACUUUUGGAAAAGAGGAAGAAGAAAAAAGGAAAAGAGCUCAGAUUUAAGCGACUGGAAUGGUUCCUACAUGAUUCCUGGCGGCAAAAACGUGACAGGGUGCGCCUCAGACGACUGGAAGUGAAACCUCACGCCUUGGAAGUGCCAGAUGAACAUUCCUUGGCCUUUGUCAUACGAAUCCAAAGGAUUAAUGGGGUGAGUUUACUGGUGCAGAAUACCAUUGCAAAGCUUCGCCUAAAGAAGAUUUUCAGUGGUGUCUUUGUCAAGGUGACAUCUCACACUAUAAAAAUGCUGCGUAUAGUGGAACCUUAUGUGACCUGGGGAUUUCCAAAUCUGAAGUCUGUCCGGGAACUCAUCUUGAAACGUGGACAAGCCAGGGUCAAGAAUAAAACCAUCCCUCUGACAGACAACACAGUGAUUGAGGAGCACCUGGGCAAGUUUGGUGUCAUUUGCUUGGAAGACCUCAUUCAUGAAAUUGCCUUCCCGGGGAAGAAUUUCCAGAUGAUCUCAGCGUUCUUGCGCCCUUUCCACCUCUCAGUGGCCCGUCACGCUACCAAGAAUAGAGUGGGCUUCCUCAAGGAGGUGGGCUCACCUGGCUAUCGAGGUGAACGCAUCAAUCAGCUCAUCCGGCAGCUGAACUAAACCCAGGUGCCAGGUUGCAGUGAAUUUGUAUUAAUGAAGUUGUGUUAUUCUUCAGAAUAUCUGAAAGCACAAUGCAUUGGAAGCAUGGUUGUUUUUAUUUUUGGAAUCAUUAUCCAGUAUCUUCAAAGAAGAUUAUUUUCUGCUAUAUCUUCAGGAACUGGAGAGGAAGGAGAAGAUAGUGAUGUUUCUAGCAGGCACUUCUCAUCACAGCCCAGUUCCGAGGAAAAAUUCCAGUGUAUUUUCCACGUUGGCCACCGCUGCCACCUCUGAAGUUAGCAAAGGACUCGUGCCACAGAGGAGGCAGUCCUGCUUUGUCACAUUUUCUAUCUAUAAAUAGAUCUAUCUAUCUAUUUAUUUGGUGAAUAAAUACCAGACAGCAGUGGACCAAGCCCAGAGGCAUACUUGAACCUGGAGAUUCCUAGGGCCUUGUUUUGGAAAGAACUUAAAAUAUGAUUAGAAGAGCACAAAAAUAGUGCUCAGUUGUCUCUGCUGUGAGUCUGUGUUCUAACUUUUCAGGGAUGGCUUUGCGAGCUCUCGGACUUGGCUGGCUCGAAGUGUAUCUGGUGGUUUCCUUAUCCUAGCCUGCAGCUGGCUUGGUCCUUUUCUGCAGCUUGGGCUUUCAACCUAUUCUUGGAUGUAUGAGAAGGGAAAGGACCCUUUCCCCAGGAACACAUGAAUAAACUCAAAGCUUGAAAGUUGA